AUGCAUGACUAUCGAACAGUCCUCAAUGUUGCUGGGUGGACUCUGGUCUCGUUUUCAGCCAUCUUCGUCUCAGCGCGAUCAUAUACACGCGCACGAGUCGUGACGACGACUCUGGGCUGGGACGACUGGUGUAUGAUUGCUGGCCUGGUCUUCGCUGUAGUGUGUACAUCACUCGUAACAGCCGGCACUGCGCACGGCCUUGGACAACAUGUACAGGACAUCAGCGAUCCAGAAGAUCAGGCUGCGGCUACUAUGUACGUGCUGUUGGCGCCUUGCUUCUCCAUCGUCAGCGCCUUCUUUACGAAAGCCUCCAUCAUCAUCGCACUAAUGAGGAUUCGAGGACACACGGCGCGUCUAUCGCACAACUUCAUCGCGUAUACCCCUCUGGUCGUCCUACUGAUCGGCUCCGCACUCUCAUGCUCUGUCAUGAUCUUCUUUUGUUCGCCCGUACAGAAGUCUUGGAGACCGCAGAUGGAGGGCAAAUGCUUGGACCCCAAAAUGCUGGAUGUUGUCGGAAAGUCGGUCUCAGUGUAUAACGCGAUGAUGGACGUAUUUUGCACUAUAAUGCCAUACUUCAUCAUAAGGAGUUUGAACAUUCCUCGAAAGGACAAGCGAAACCUUGUAAUACUGAUGGGUGGUAGCAUCCUUGGCACAUUCGCAACCAUCAUGAAGAUUGUAGCGAUGGGCAGCAUCUCCAAUGUCGCGGACAUGACACACUCCUGGUCAGAGAUAACGAUCUGGUAUCUGACUGAAAACAAUGUUCUCAUCAUUGCUGGAUGUUUCCCUGCCCUGCGGCCGUUCUGGCGUGUUGUGAUUGGGAAAUACAGCUCGUACCUCUCGUCGAACGCAUCACGCAAAAAUCCUCCACGAGGCGGAAACGGACGAUCGACCGAAGACAAUGAGCUGCAAGUGUACACCGUGGGAUCCCAGCCCAAGUUUGGGAAGAAACCCAAUCUGUAUUCGACAACGAUUCGCGUCAGUAGUGAAGAAAGGUUGUGUCCUAGAUCAGACGGAACUUGUGUGGAAACCAUUGAGAGGAUCUUGCACAACCAUGGAGACGAGCGCUUCGAGCGUCAGGCCUGCAUUGCCAGCACUCGCACAGGGGGAAUAUCGCCCAGCUAUAGCACGAGGAUAACAGUUACCAGUGAGGUAGAGAUCAAGUAG